AUGGCUCGUGCAGCUCCUAAGAAUCCUUUAUUAUUUGUUCUCGGUGCGACUGGUACUGGAAAAUCACAAUUGGCUAUCGACCUCGCAAAACGAUUUAAUGGCGAAAUAAUAAAUGGCGAUGCUGUGCAAAUGUAUGAAGGUUUACCUAUCAUUACAAACAAGGUCACUGUCGAAGAACAGAAUGGUAUUCCACACCACUUGCUAGGAUUCAUUCCCCUGGAUGCGGAAACAUGGACGGUAGGCACAUUCAAGGAUCGCGCAAGCCAGAUAAUCCAAGAAAUUCGAUCCAGGGGACGAAUACCUAUUGUAGUAGGCGGAACGCAUUACUAUACACAGUCUCUUCUAUUUGAGCAUGAGCUCGUUUCCUCCGAGAAAGGUUCUGGGGAAGGGCAGGAUAAUGAACAACUCUCCAUAGAAGAAAUAUCCAAACGUUUCCCAAUACUCGAUGCACCCACAGAACAAAUUCUGGAGCGAUUGAUAGAAGUUGAUCCUGUCAUGGCUGCACAGUGGCAUCCUAAUGAUCGGCGCAAGAUUCAAACAUCGCUGCAAAUAUUCUUAACAAGUGGAAAGAAAGCCUCCGACAUCUAUAAGGAGCAGAGAGAGACCAAAGCCAUGGCCCAAGCGACCUCGGACGGUAACUCGGAUCAAGCAGAGGCAUUUAACAUAGGUUCACCAUUGCUAUUUUGGGUUCAUGCGAAAUCAGAUGUUCUCAAAUCGAGGCUUGACAAACGAGUCGAUAAGAUGAUUGAUGUUGGCCUAUUGGAUGAAGUCAAAUCGAUGGAGAACAUUCGCCAAGAAUACAUUCGUGGUGGUACUGAUCUUGAUCUUUCUCGUGGAAUAUGGGCCUCUAUCGGCUGGAAGGAAUUUGAGCUGUACCUACGCGCCCUUGAGCAGGAGGACAGAGAUCCAAAAAAGCUGAAUGCCCUCCGCGAUGAUUCGCUAGAAAAAAUGAAGGCAGCCACCCGACAAUAUGCGAAAAGACAAAUUCGAUGGAUCAGUCUGAAAUUGAUACCAAGUCUUGUUCAAAUGAACGCCCUCGAUAGGUUAUAUCUCCUCGAUGGAACGGAUGUAUCAUCAUGGUUGGAGAAUGUGUCGGACCCUGCUGUUGGUAUUACCCAAGAAUUUCUUCUUGGCAGCAAGCUUCCAUCACCAAGUGAAAUGUCAACUCUAGCCGGAGAAUUCUUGAAUCCCGAAAAGCCCUUGCAGCACUCUGAGAGCAAAGCCCGAUGGGUGCCACAGAAAUGUGAAAUAUGUCACAUCGUCGUUAUGACUGAAGGUCAAUGGCAAGUACAUUCAACAACCCGCGCCCAUCGACGAAUGGUGAAGAAGCUACAGAAAAAUGGGGUAACUGGUAGGUCCUGUCACGAUAGCGAAAGGGGUGGUGGCACAUCAUCAUUUGCUACUUGA